UCUUUCUAAUGUUUGGCAUGUGUAUCGCUCGUGGCCGUGGCUUCGUUUAACAUAAAGUUUAUUUUACAUCCAAUUAAUUAAAAAACGGAAUCAUCAUUGCAAGAUGGUUUUGGAACAUGCAAGAAAUGUAUUAAAAUUUAUCUCCGCAAGUUAUAUAGAAAUAUUACCAAUUGUUCAACGAAAUCUUAUACAAAGAAAUUUCCAUGCGAGCACAGUUUUUAAUAAAUCACAAUCUGGACGUUACAAAGUUACGCUUAAACGAGAUAGACCUCUAACAUAUGAAAUGGCAAAUCCGCCUCAUUAUCUCGCUCACAGAAAAAGCUGGAACUCUUGGAAUACUUCAAAUAUAAAGGAUGGCAAUAGACCAUCUGAGACAGCUGUAGAAGAUAUGUUUAUUCGACAGUUCAUGAAAGGGACAUGGCAUAAUUUAUUCGCAAGUGAAAUUAUUAUUAAACGACAGCAUAAUAUUAUUAGGAUAGCUGGGAUUAUUACUCGUAGUAUAGCACCCUAUAAAAUAUACUUUUUAACUGGUUAUACUGAGGAACUCUUGAGUUAUUGGCUGCAGUGUCCCAUUAAAGUAGAAUUGGUCUCAACUAAUAAUAAAAAAGAUGUGAUAUUUAAGUACAUAUAGAAUCUGCUAUACAUAUAAACACAUAGCAUAAACAAAAUUAAUUAGAUCUUUAUUAUAAAAUAAUAUUUCUCAAUAUUUGUAUCAUGAUUAAAAUUUGCACAAUGUGAAAUAAAUUUUAAUCUGAUGUA